ACCAGCCCUGGCAGAACAGCAGAGCAGCAGAGAGUAUGGUGCUACAGCACUGAAGCAGAGAACAGUCCAGCGCAACAGAGACAGCGUGUGAAAGAGAGAGAGAGAGUGAGAGAGAGAGAGGGAGAGAGGGAGAGAGGGAGGCAGAGAAAGAGACAGAGAGAUGUGAGUGGAUUCCUUCUCAGAACCUCCUGAUUCACCACGCUGCCUCUCUCUGUCUUUUAGUGCUGAUGUAGAUUUCCUCUCUGUUUAUUUUUUUUUGGAAGGGGAAAGGGGUGGAGGUUUCGCUCACUUUCGCUGCAGGCCAGAUCCGCAUUCCAGCGCUUUCGCCAGCCCCUUUUCUCGGGACACCCCCGAGGCCCCCUCUGUUUUAGGAUGGGCUGCACCGCCGGCUCCCUGACCUGCCAGUCACAGCCGGGCGAGGGGACCGGGCCGCCGCAGGACCCCGCGCCCAAGGGGCCCGAGGCGCUGGCCUCCCUGGAGCGCCUGUCCCAGGCCACGGGGGGCAUGGAGAAGUCCUGGUCCCGCUGCAUCUUCCCCUUCGGGCUCAUCUCCCUGGUGAUCGGCGCGGCCGGGACCGGGGUGGCCUUCACCUUCAACAACCUGCCGCUGACCAAGGCGGUGUCGGUGGUGCUGCUGGGGGUGGGCCUGGCCCUGGUGCUGAUGGCGGCCGCCUGCUGGACGGUCCACAGGGAGAAGAGGAGGAAACGGAAGGAGGGGGUCCCCCUGCCGGGUCCGGAGCAGUGUGCCGUCUGAGCCCCCAUCCCCCCACCGCCACCCCGAGUUGUGGGGGCGUGCGUGUGGAGGCCGUGGGGAGGAGGGGGGGGUGAGGGGGUUCCUCAGCUGAAACAUCACCGCUUCCUUUCGGGGGAGGCGCCCCUGUAAAGUUUUCAGCCGAUGGACCACAAGGCACAAGGAGGGAGGGAGAGAAGGAAGGAAGGAGCGAAGGAGGCAGGCAGCCUGGAGGUCUGAUGCCUAACCAGGGGACACGUGGACAGAACACACGGUCUGGAAGAAGCUUCCACCAGACCCGCGCACAGUCCGGUACCUUCAAACAGGUGUCUGGUGUCAAAAAGAGCCUCCAGGAACUGUGAAAACACACAUAAAAACUCUCACUCCACGCUGUCAAGGAGACCAUCAUACACACACACACACACACACUUUGUGACGAGGCUGCCCGUGGUGUUAUUUCUGCUGUCAGUCUUUGCAUUCCUGCUGCUGACGUCCGACGGUGAAUUUGGGGAAGGGGGCCAGCGACUGUAACCCAAAACCUGGACCAGACACCCGGACCUCCCUCCCAGCGCUUGCAACCCCCACCACCCUCAUUGCCGGUGUGUCAUGUUUACCACCCACCCCCCCCCCAGGUCUGCUUGGAGGAGGAGCUUAAGGCUUUAGAGGUGGGGGGUGUUUUUUGAGAGGGGCGGAAAAUGAGCGGGAGAGUCGGGACACGCUGGAGAUCCGGGUCUCCAAGCCUGGACUGGAUCGGACCGCUGUCAUCGCCACGGUGACUCGGACGCCAAGCAUUCCACCGACACGAGCAGCCAGCGGGAUGCCAGCACGGGUCUGCCGCGUGCGAGUGCGCGUGUGUGUGUGUGUGUGUGUGAGCGUGUGCACGCGCACACCCCUUCCCAGGCCAACCUGAUAUUCCAAGGAGCAGAGAUUUCUUGGAGGGGAGGAGAGGAGAAGGAAUUUUAAUCCCCGGGGAGCGAGUUCGUGCCGGGAUGCGAGGGAGAGGUGUUUUUCCGAGUGACGCGGGACUUUCAGCCCUGGCUCUACCCCCCCCCCCCCCAUCCUGCCCUGGAGGGACGCUACUCUGCGACCCCGCAGCCUGAGCAUCUGCACCCCGUCCCGGGAGCGACCGCACGCCCUCCACGCGCCCCUCUGACUUCGCCUGGCAGGCCCUCUUCCCUCUGCGGCCCGGGGGGGGGCUCGCGUUCUGCACCCCUCAGGGCGGAAGCGGCACUCACAGGGAGGACCCUGCUGGAUUUUAGCGACCGUGAGGCGGACAUUUGAGGACAUCGACUCGUUCGCUACCCGCUGGAGCUGUGGGAGCGGGCUGUGGCUGUGUCGAGGGGUGGGGUGGGGGAGGGGGGGGGCGUGUUGUGGAAGUGCUAAGGUUUGUUAUCCUGUCAGUUUUACCGUUUUAUCGCUCAUUCUCUGCUGCUGUGUGGGCUCUGCAUCUCGGUCGGGGGGUUGGGUGAGAGCUGUGGGGAGGUACAUCCAGCUCAUCUUGGAGCGUUUGUGAGUGUGUGUGAGUGUAUUUGUGUGUGUGUGUGUGUGCAUGCGUGUGUGCGUAUGUGUACGUGUGCGUAUGUGUGUGUGUGUGUAUGUAAGCGCUGAUGAGCCUGUUUUACAUGUGCCCCGUAUGUGGAAUCCCUUUCAUUGACAUGGCUCAGCAGUAUAGCCUGUGUACAAGAAUACUCAACAGCAAGCUAGUGGAAGGCAGUGGGUGAGGGAACCUUACUGUUGUAGUCAGACGGCUUUGGGGAAAAAAUUAUAGGUAACACCCCAGCAGUGUUCCGGAGCAAAGCGUCGACGGCACCAGACCUUCCUUUUCCAAAAUGUCCAGCACCUGCUCUCUUCAUUUAGUGAAUCUUGUUUGAGGCAGUCGGCUGGCGAGAUGCGUAAUGUGAUUAAAAACAUAUUCGGGCUCGGUUUUUGUGCCUAGCAACCGCAGACCCGAAAAACUACGAAGCAGAAAAGGAAAGGAAUUGACGGGUGGCGUUAGAUGGAAGAUAAACUCACGUGGCCUUGCGCGAGAGGUGCCGGACUAACCUGUCUAAUCGCGGGGGUAUGGAUUAUUGGCCAGAGGGUCAGCUUUCAAAGCAGCCACUCAGGGGGGGAGCUCUGAGGACAGUGGCGAUUUAUCCACACUGACCACCUUCACACUUCGCACCCCGCCUUGCCUUCUCCCCUGCGCCACGGCCUCUGGGAGAGUGCCUGACUCACUGCACGCGCCUUUCUGUGCACGUACCUUUACACAGCCCGCUCCAGAGUUCGCAGGAGAGCGGGGGGGAGAACACGCAUAAUCGCACAGCUCUAGGUUUUAGUCCCCUCCUCUUCGCCCCCCCCCCUCCCCGACAUAAGGAAGGUGCUCAUUACCCUUUUAGCCAAAAGAACACCAACAACCGAUGGGCAAGACGCAAGAAGUGACACGCUGACAGAAUUCAGAACUCUGUGUCGAUGUGCCUUGUUUAUUUUUUGGGGUGUUUUAAAAAAAAAACUAUCAAAACAGAGGCUGACACCCAUUUGCCUACUACAUACAGUAGGCAAACAUAUAAUGCCACCACAUACAUGCUGUGUUUACAAAGUUUAAUUUUGUGUAUGUGUUUGUAUGUGUAUUUUACUGGAUACACCCUGUCAUCCAACACAGCUCUGACCUCCAGAGUUAACGAUGGCUGGUCGGCAUGACUCCGAGCAUAUAAUUAGCCAGACAAAUACAGCAAAUUACUUUUUCUUAUUUGAUGGAGGGGGAAAAUCCCUAUUUGAUUGGACAAAAAUAUAUCUAUGUAGCUAAAUGCUUUUCAAAUGCUGCCAAGGUUUGAAAAUGCUUGGGGCAUGGCUCUCAAAAAACACCAACCCUCGCUCUGCCCUCACAAAAGAAUGCAGACGGAGGUCAUGCACUGGAUUGGCUUAAAGUAACACAAAACACCGCCUUGCCUAAUUAUUCCUGGAAGGAGAGAGAGGGUGAGGAUGAGAGAAACAGAGAGAAAGAGAGACAGAGGGAGGGAGAGAGAAAGACCGAGAAACUGGGGAGGGUAUUGUGUUUACUAAUGAUUUUUAUAACAGCUGAUCUUUUCAUGAGGCAUAUUGAGUGCCCCUCCUCUUCAGUCCAAUGCAACUGCAAUUGAACGAAUAUUGUGUUGGUUUUUGUGAACAAAGGCCUGGUGUUUUGGGGGCGGGUGGGCUCACAGAACGAGGAGGAGAGGAGGUGCCAGUGUGUGGUUGUGUGGCGGUUUCGGGUUUUGGGGGUGAGGGGCAGAUAUUGGAAGAAAAAAAAAACCCACAAAAAACCCUGAAUUCUCAACAUUCUAGAAGGCUGAUUAUUGUGCAUUGCCCCCGUUCAAAACAAGUAGUAUAAUAAGUAAGGGCCUAUACAACACAGCGCCACAGGGCCACGGGUCUACACAGGUCCAUGCUCACAGUGGCAACUGUUUUUCGGUUAUCAGCACAGACAUAGUUUCGCAUCCAUUUUCAAAAGGCUGCUUUUUCUGUCUGUUUUUUUUUUCCUUCUUCUUCUUCUUCUCUCUCUCUCUCUCUCUCUUUUGGUUUACUGUGGGUCCCUCCCUGUGCCUGCUGAAUGAAAUAUUGCCAGAAGGGGGGAAAUGGUCACUGGGCUGUUGAGAUAUACAGGAUACGGGGAAUUUUUAAAUUUUAUUUUUACGCUUUGCCUUUCAAUCAGCCCCAAGCAUGUUCGUUUGGAUUCAGGAAAAAGAAACUAAAAGAAUAUAUUAAAAAAGAAUAAAAGUGGCUAGCAUGAGUUAUUUAGGGGUGCCGUAUCUGUUCUGCGCCUGCCUCUUGUGUUUGUGAGGGUGGACAGGGAAACUGCCACCAUCUCUACCCAGAGUAUAUUCAUUCUGUCUGCAUUGAUAAAAAUAGGAAGAGAGGGAGCGAAAGGGAGAGAGAGAGAGAGGGAACAAGAGAGUAAACACACGCACACACACGUACGUGCGCGCACACACUGUCCUACAGAUUCAUUGAGAGAAACAGACCAGAGAGAGACUGCUUGUGUGCCUGGAAUGUAUAAUUUUCACAGCCACUGUGGACCACGGAUGCGCACGCACGCACACACACACACACACACACACACACACACGCACACAUACACACAUAGCCACACAAUCUCCUCAAGUCUAAGGAAAAAUGGGAAAACUACCUCCUGGUGAAAGGUUGCAGUCCAUUGAUGGGGGAGGGGCACUCAUUGCUUACAUGGAUACGAUUUGUUUUUGCCUUUAGCCAGGUAAUGAAUGUGUGUGCGUUUUGUCUGUGAUUUACUCUGCAGUGUAUAUAAAACUGUAUUUAUACAUAUUUAUAUGCAUAUUUGAUCUAUUUUAGAAAAAGCUGUAUUAAACACACAAAUGUUCUGUGAAAAAAA